UACUGUGCUACUUUCAUUGAAUCAGUACUAUUGCAACGCGCAAGGUUGUGAAAUAAAGUGCAGCAAAAAUUUAAUUUUCCUGUUAAGUAAAACGUAUUGUCAAACGGAACAAACAAAGUCAUUAGUAAAUAACAAUGUCUGAAUCAAAUGCAUUGCAAUCCAUUGCUAUAGGUGUAGGUGCUGGACUACUAUAUCACUUUCUGAACACGUUGUCCGAGGAAAAAGUCGAGUUGGUUGAGAACUUGCAACAAUGUGUUGAAGCCGUUAAGAUUUUACGGAAGCAUUGCAAUGAAGUGCCAGUACUCGGAUUGGACUGUGAAUGGGUGGACGCUCCGAAUGUGUCCUUAUUGCAGUUAUGUAGUCACAAGGGAUAUUGUGCUGUUAUAAGAUUAUGUAAAAUGGCAAGCAUACCCAUGUCCCUGUGCAAUCUACUAAGUGAUCGCAAGGUGGUUAAGGUUGGUGUUGGCAUCGCAAAAGAUUGCGAGUAUUUGGAAGAAUGUGACCUACCGACAAAUUCUGCAUUGGAUUUACGUUUUGUGGCCAAACUGACCGGUGCAAAACCGCAAAACUUGGCCGACAUGUAUAAGGCUGUUGUGGGUGGAACCUUGAAAAAAGAUUUAGAGCUAACCCUAUCCGAUUGGGAGGCUUACACGUUGACUCCUCAACAAAUUCAAUAUGCUGCCGAUGAUGCUAAAGCUGGCAUAGAGAUCUAUAAGACAUUAGCCAAGAAAGUGUCAGAUGUAAAUGUUUUCGCGCAAUAUUACGAUAUGGACUAUGUACCUCGUAGGGACAAUGAUUUGAAAAGUGUGGCGUCAGAUGAAUGUUGCCUUCAGUAAAUACCUAUAUCGAGCUCUUUUCGUGAAUAUGACCUAAUCGCCAAAAAUCACAUUUUACAGGAGAAGAUUUUUUAUGCGUAAAAAAUUGUCUGAUUUAAUAAAGUAUCUUCCACGGUUUUGUAUGUAAAA